AUGAAGUUACUCGGUUGGAUGCACCGUAAGCUCAUGCAGAACAGCACAGAUUCUGUGAAAAGUUACACAAUUGAAAGCCGUUCGUCUUGCUUCUCCUCAACACACACGAUCUCCUCGGACGAUCAAAAUUACUAUAUCGACCCUACGAAAACACCCACAACACGCCCAAGCCUCAAACGCGAAAGAUCCCCGAACGCCAAUGCGUACGACGAGCCCUUCGACUUCCUCUCGAUCGGAACCUUUGGAACCGAGCUUCUUCUCAGCACGGGCCCGCCGACUCCAACUCUUCCUGCUCCGGGCGAGGAAGAUUUGACCGGUCAACCAAUCGAGAUCACUGAGAAUGACCUUGACCUCAUAAGCCACGAGCUCGAAAAAUUUCUCGAGUCCGAGGAUGUUGAGACAGGGUACGACUCAUCCAAGAGGAGCAGCCGGGCUAGCGUGAUAACCUUAACCGAUCAAGGCCAUGUUCAAGUAUUAGCUUCAUGUCCACUUCAGAAUUAUCUUCUUGCAGCCCCCAUUGGUUUGGCCGAGACAGGUCGUGAGGAGGUGAAGAAAACGAGAAUGUCUCUUGAGGAGCUUUUUAAGGAGGGAAAAAAUUGUGGUGAUGGUGGUGCUUCUGUGAAGAAAGGCGAAGGUGUGGGUGGAAAAGGGAACGUGGCUCGUUUGGUGAAGAAGGUUGUGAAGAGGUUAAGUUCCACAUCAAGUAACAGUACUGCUGGUUUUGAUGACAUUGAUGAUGAUGGUGAUGAUAAUGCUGCUGUUUCCUUGCCGAUCAAGAAGAAAUUGGCUAAGAAGCUUGUCAAAAUAUUUCAGAAGAAGGUUUAUCCUGAGGAGAUGACCGGCAAACGGUUUUUCAAGGUGACAAAAAGCAACAAAAAGAACAAAUAUAAUUACAGCAAGGAAGACCAUCUUGCUGGCCACAACAACUCUGAUCAACCAGCCACCAAUAAGAGUAAAAAGAACACCAUGAGACUAUUCUGCACUGGAGUUUGUAGGGGCUCUUCACCGGUAAAUGCAGGGCAUUGGAUCAAGACAGAUUCUGAUUACUUGGUCUUGGAGCUGUAG